AUGAGCUCUUCGCCGGGCGCCUCGCCUCCAGGGCGGCUGGAGGGCGGCGGAGGCUCCUCACCAACGCCGAGUUCUCCAGUGCCCCGGACAAAGCAAGGUUCAUCUUCCUCUCUUCGCCACGGGAGACCGGACGACCCAAGCGCGUCGGGGAUGAGAAACGCACGGAAUGAGCGCCAACAUUCGCCCCACGGCCACAGAGAAGUUAUUGUGUGGGACGGCCCUGAGGCGCGAAGAUAUGAAGCCGAAGUGCUCGCUGUUCUUCACAGUUUUGAUAAGGCGAAGGAAUGGGCAGAUCUGAACAACUGCCUCCAGAAACUUCUGCGCGUGUUUUCUCCUCCAACGACUUCCUCUUUCGCGUUCUCUGCUGCGGCUCCACCCCCUUUCUUUCCCUUCAUUCCACACAAAGCCGUUGUGGCCAAGCGUCUAGCCCAGUGCCUCAACCCCCUUCUUCCUUCCGGUGUUCACACGCGGGCCCUCGAGACCUAUGCGGCCAUUUUCGAACGGAUUGGACCUGACGGUUUGUCCGGAGAUUUGGCCAUCUACAGCGCCGGCCUCCUCCCGUUCUUCCAAGAUGGAGCCACGCACGUCAAACCUCUGUUUCUCGAUCUCAUCAAUGCCUACUACUUGCCUCUCGGUCGACAGCUGAUUCCGUGUCUGUCGGGCUUGCUGGUCUCCGUGCUCCCUGGACUCGACGACGACAAAGCUCCAGUUUUUACCUACGUCUUAUCGACUGUUUGGCGCCUGCGGGAUUGCGUGGGAGAGCGCACCUUCGCGGCGGCGCUGUGGCUAGCUCUCCGGCGCGCCAGCCGCGUGCGGCUAGCUGCCCUCAGCGUCCUGAACCAGCUAAUCACGCCUUCACUGCCUGCUCUACUCGACGACAAGGAACGCAUUUCCGCGCUUCUGCCCGACAGAGAGGAGCUCGUCAUCGGCGCGCUCGAGGCCACCUUUGGAGAUCCAAGUCCUCUCGUCAAGCGCCAGCUGCUAGACGUGCUGAUCAAGGACUUCCCCUUCGACCGGCCCCUGCUGACUCGAAGGGAGACGGUUCGCCUCCUCCGCGCUGCCUUGCGCGUGCUGCCGCUGCGCGAAUGGUCGCUGACUCGGCGAUUCAUUCAGUGGAUAACGACGCACCCCGAUGGAAUCCUCGACGUCAUCGACUUGUCUUUCCUCUCGAAGCACGUGAAGGGCCCUCUGAUUGAAACGUUCAAACUGGAGCUGGAGAGUCACCCAAGCUCGACAAAGGAGGCGACCUAUCCUCUCAAAAGUCUCUCGAUUUUGAUUGUGGACAACGAGGACCUCGACGGGAUUGCACAGGAGCUCAUGCCUUCCCUCACAGUUCCCCUUCUGCGCUACUUGUUGAGAGAGUCGGCGAACCCCACGUGGGGAACGAGCGUCCUCCAGGAGUCUCAGCAGCUCUUCCACGCGAAGCUGACUCAGCCGGACUGGGCGUGGGCUGCUCUCGGCCUCGAGAUGCAACGCAUGCUCUCUUCGAUUGCGCCGGGCUCCUCGAGCUUCUCCUCUGUGCUCUCGCGCGCCGACGCGGCGGAAGGCUGCGUCGAGGUUCUGCUGCUCGCUUCGCUCUACUUGAGCCGCGCCGAGGGCUCCACGCUCCCGCCCGAGGAGGCGUCUGCGGCUGUGGAGCACGGCCAGCCGGGCGCCGCGGCGGGGAGAGACGAGGCGCCCGCCCGAGCAGAAGCCGCGCCAGCGCGCGGCGGAGGGGCAGACCUCCUGGGCGCAGAGGGGACAGGCGAGAGGCGGAGCGAGGCGGCGACGCUCGGACUGGUCGAUCCGAGGGAGGCGCGGAGUGCGCACGACGAGGAGGACCGAGAGAACCCGCUGAAGCCAAGUCGGAGUGUGAUGGGAGUCGAAGGACUGUGCGGCAUGCUUUCGCUUCUUAGCGACAUUCUUGAGGGGCUGCACGUGCUAGCCCCGACGUUUGACUCGACGCCGAUGACAGACGGGCUCCUGCAGACUUCGCGCGACUGUCUCCUGCGCGUGGAAGAAGCUCUCCACGUUCACCGCCUUCGACGGCCGCGUAGGCAGACCUCGGCGCUUCUGACUCUGCGACGGCUCUCCGCGGUCUCGAACGCCUCAGCAUCUCCCGCGGUCGGUCCUCCCGGCGACCUCGCGGAAGGCGAAGACCUGCUCGUGAUCGCGCAUGCGGGCGCCGCCAGCGGCGCGGCCUCCGCAGCCAGCGGCUGGGCGUCCGCCGCCUCAAGUCCUCGUCGCGGCCCUUCGUCUCUGCCUGCUUCGCGGCUGGAGACGGGCAGCGAGCAGGGCGACGCUUGCGCCUCAGGCGAGCCCGCGGCGCAUGCGCACGUGAGAGAGACGCCGGCCGGCCCUGCGGCGGCCUCCGCGACGGCCGCGUCGGUGCUGUCCUCCUCGCCUCUUUCGCCAGCGGGGUCGCGGAAGGGCAGCAGCGGCUGCGCGACCGAUGGCCUUCUCUCCACGCGCGAGGUGAAUCUGGAGCGGAAGAAAAAACGCUUCCUCUGCGCCGUCCAGGGCUUCCUCGCCUACACCGAGGCGCUGUGGAUCGGGAUCAGGGCCAACGCGGACAGCGUGGAGCCUCGAAUCCUCGCGACGCUCGACCUCCUCAGCGACCUACAGGUCACUUUGUAUCGCAUGCACACCGACUUGCUAGCGGAGUUCGAGGGCGGCGAGACGCUGGGGACGCCGCCGAGCUCGGGAGCCGAGGCCGAAGACGCCGCACGACGCCUCGCGCGCAGCGGGCGCGCGGCAGCUGCGGCUGCGGCUGCGGAUGGGGCUGCGGCGGACGAAGAGAGCAGUGAAGGCAGAUCAGAAGGCUGUUUUUCUUCUCCAUGGCCAGGCGGGUGCCUGCCGACGUGGUUCUGUGCGUUGCUGGAGUGCAGCCAAGUGCGUCCCCUGCCCGUGGCCUGUCGGGCUCUCCAGAGCUUCCUGCAUCUGUUCAACGCCUUCUCGCCGGCGCGGCGGCGGUUCAUCGUUCUGAACACCUCGCACUGCGACGAAGCGGCAGUGCGACUGUGGGAGGCACUCGCGGUCCGAGGCCUCGACGGCGAGCCGCGCGGCGUCCGCGCGCCGAGCGCAGUCGCGGAUCUUCUGUUGCAGCUGGAGGCAAGUUGCUGCCCGGAGAAGGAAGACGUCGUUCAGGCCGUGCUUCUGCGCGCGCUCCAGGCGCCGAAUCCGCAGACGCGGUGCGAGGCCAUCGAGCGGUUUUCGCUCCUCUGGCGCUGCGCCCACCUGCAGCGACGCGCAGUGCAGCAGCCGCUCUACGCGCUCCCGACGCUCGUCGUUCUCCGCGCGCUUGAGGAAACCGAGCCGCGGAUUCGGCACGCCGCCAGGGCCUUCCUCCGCCAAGCGGUUCAUCACCUUCCCCACGUCCUCGACCCGAUUUUCGAGCUGCUGCUUCACGUGGACGCCCCUCCCGCGGCCCCCGGCGAGCUGCCUGACGAAGGAGGCGGCGAGCCGUCUUCCGUCUCGUCGCCCCUGACGCUCUGCAGGCCGCCACCCGCCGGGCAGGAGGUUGCCUCGCGGCUUUCAUCGCCUCUGCACCUGCAGUGCGCGUCGCCAGCGGCAGCCCAACCCCCGUCGGCGCGCCUCGUGCCGCUGCAUGCGUCGUCUUCCCCGUGUCUGCCGGCGUCGGCGUUCGUCGCGCGGGCUCUGCCGGUCGCGGCCUCGUCGCCGUGCCUGCCGGCGCCGAGUUCGUUCUCGCCUCCGGCGCCCUCGUCGGUAUGCCCCGCCGCGGAGCGCACACUCGACGCGCUGCGGCUCCUGAGCAGCAUGCUGCAGUGCGAAGGCCAGCUGCUGACCGAGCGCAUGCAGAGCUUCUUGGUCGCUGAACCGCUUCAGGUGCGCAACGCACUCCACAGUGCGCUGCUGGCGGACGCUGCGCGCCCUCUGGAGUCGCAGCCCGGCGGCGGCAGCCGCAAGCCAACGCCCGCCGCGGAGGAGGGAGACGACUCUCGGGGGGGCCCGGAGCGGACGCCGGCGGGCGCCUACGGCGACUGCGUCACGGUAGACUACGUCGACUUGUUCAGCGUCGUCGCGCUUCGCUUCCUCCGCCUCACGCAUCCGCCGAGCUGCGCGCAUGAUGCGCUGCUUCCCGGUUCGACUGCCUCGUCGCUCAGCCCCGGGUCGCUCCCGCACGGAGCGUCGCCGCUGGAGGAUUUGGGCCACGCGUCCGCCCCCGGGGAGGCCGCGGGCCGCUCGCCCUCGCCGUCGCCCUCCGUCGUGGCCUCUGGGCGCGCGGCGUUGGCCUGCGCGGCGGGCGGUGCCUCGUCGGCGUUCGCGGCGGUUCGCGGCGCGGCUGUGGAGUUGCUGCACCUGUUCAUCUCCUCGAUUCACCCUGUGAGCCGUGCGAAGGAGGUAGCGUGUCUGGUGACGGUGCCGCUGGUCGCCGCGCUCCACGAGGCGGUUCACAACGCGGACGCGGCGAUGCAAUCGCAGCUGCUGAGGCUGCUGCGCGUCGUCAUGCUGCAAUCGACGUCUCCGGGUCCCUCCUGCUCGCCCUCGGCGCGCUACUUACUCGCGCACUCGCAGCUGCAGCUGCAGCAGAACCUCGCGCUGCAGCAGCAGCUGCAGCAGCUCGCGCUCUUCCCCGCCGCGGACGCCCUCGGCGGGCGCGCCCCCCGCCCCGUGCAGCCGCUCGGCGGCGCGGCCGCGGCGCCCUUCCCGCUCUUCGCCGCCGCGGUAGAGGCGAAGAAGGCGACGCUGCUGCCGCAGCUCCGCGCCCUGCCCGAACAGGCCGCGGCCUUCCUGCCUGUGCUUCUCCGCAGCAUGGAUCUCUGCGCGGGAGGUGAGGUUCGCGCCGACAGACUCAGCCCCGAGGAGCGAAACUCCGGCGAGGCUGCGCUGCGGCCCUCCGGCGCCGGCGACAACAACGUUGAACAAUCCGUCGACCUCGCCACUCUGUAUCUCAAAUACCUGGGCGCUGCGCAGCUGGCGGAGGCGUCCUACACGCUGAUUCACUUUUUCUGCUCCCAGAUCAUGUUUGCGGUGCGACCGGCGCCCUCUGUCUUCUCGUCUCACGUCUCCUCUUCUGCGCCUGCUCUCACGUCUUCUUCGUCUUCGUGGCACCUCCGCAUUUCGUCCUCGUCUCUCUCUGUCCUGCCUGGGCCUCGUGCGGCAACCUUCGCGUCGCUGCCCUACACGCCGCUUCUCGCGUCUUCUCCGUCGUGCUCGUCCUCCUCUCUCUCCUCGCCCUCUCUCUCUUCGCUGGGUGCCAAGGAGGCGCCCGCCGAGCGCCGGAGGCGCCGCGACGAGGCCUGCGACGGCAGCGGCGCGCGGCCGCCGUGCGUGGCUCUUCCGGCCUCGCUUCUUUUUCUGGACGGUCUGUCGCAGGUGCUGCAGUUCCUCGUGGAGAAGGCGAGCGCCUCGUCGCUGGAGGCGGAGGACAGCGCGCAGGCGCCGGGAGGGCCGUUUUCACCCUUCUUCGAUUUGUUCGCGUGGAGCGGCGGCGGCGGCGGCGCGGGCUCGUCGCGCCUGAGCGGCGAGAGCGGGGUGUGCCGACUCGAAGACCGGCUGGCUCACGUGACCGCGCUGCUGCCGACGAUCGUCUUCUCCUGCGUGGCGGCCGUCUCCGCCACGCUGCCGCGCCUCGAGCCUGCCGCGCGAGGGCGCAGAGCACCCUCGCGCGUGGAGGGCGGACGCGCACGACGGAGACACUCCACCACGCGCGAGAGCAAGAAGGCGGCGGGCGACGAGGAACCGGCGCCGCGCGACGCUGAGGCUCAAGCCGAGGUCGAGCCGCGCCGCGAGGGAGGACGCGCGAGGUUCGGAGGGCGCGAGGCGGCGGGCAGAAGACGCGCAGACGAGAUGCGCGAAGAGGACGCAGAUCGACAGGUGGCAGACCUCGACGCGAAACGCAACGAAGAAGCCGUGCGAAUGAAAGUCACCGCCGUCAUGGAGACUCUCUUCACAGCGUUUCCACGGCACUUCGUUCAAAGCUGCCUGGCGGUGUGGGCGCUGGGGCUGAACGAGGAGGGCGACAAGCUGGUCGCGCUUCUCUUCAUUCUCAAACAAUGCCGCAACACAGUCCUUACGGGCUUGCUGCCGCCGCUCAUUGCCGUCUUUUCUGAGUCGCUGCGAGGCUCGCCGGCGGCGACUCAUCCUCUGGGUGUCCCUCCGCGGCCUCCUAACUUUGCGUCGCUGUCUCCAGCGGCCUCGUUCGCUUCGUUCGCACUGGCGCGAGGCAGUGACAAGGAGGGCGGCCUUCCGCGGCUGCUGUACGCGUCGCCGGCCUUUUCUUCGUCUUCCUUCUCCUCGUCCUUCGCCUCAUCGUUUCUGUCGCCGCCGUUUGCGGACGUGCGCCUCACGCGGCAGCGCGAGUCGGUUUUUCUGCACUUCGUCUAUUCGCUUGUCGUCUCUGCGUACCCGCCACUAAGUGUCCAGCGGCGCCUGCAGACGCUCCCCGCGGCGGCGUCCUCAGUCGCCGCGGCGGGCGCGAAGAAAGACGCUCUCGCCUCGUCGGCAACAGACUAUCUUCGGCUGAAGACACCCCCCUCUGCCGUGGAGUCGCCCGCUCAUACGCCGCGGGCGGCUCUACCCUCUCGCCCCCCGGCGCCCUCCGCGGCCGCAGGCAGGGCGGACGCCGAGCCGGGUGGCGAGGCGGGCGCGCUGCACUUCGGCGAGGCGGCCGCCGCGGCGGCAGCGCCCCUCUACAGUCUGAAGGUCGCCGACGUGUCGCUGCUGCCGCCGUCGCCGUUCCCCGCCCUCGGCGCCGUCUCUGUGCAGGACGAAGUGGAGGCGGUGUGGCGCGGCCUGCUGCAGUUGGUGUCGGCGUUCGUCGCGCAUCCGCGGCAGCCGGUCUCGGUGCUGUGGCUCCUCUCGCUGCUGCUUGCGCUAGAUCGCGUCAAGGCUGCGAAGGAGGCUACGAUGGCCUCGAAGAAGACGCGGAAAGAGCUGCAGGAACUCUUCCGCUUCGCGAUCUUCAUCGCCGCGCGGCAGUUCGGCGCGCGCGUCGCCUCCGCCAGCGGGAACGUCUUCGAUGUCCUCUCGCCGCUUCCCCCCACGGCGGAUAUCGUCAACCAGGCGGUGACGCUCACGCAGACGCCCUCAAGCGGGCUCACACCUGCCGGCGCGCCUUCCAGCCACGGCGGCGCCGAGCGCGAAGCGGACGGCUGGGAGGUCGAGAGGCUCCGGCGCGCCUCAGAGCAGCAGGGGCUUCGCAGUCGACCGUCGCUCGCCUCUCCGCCCUGCCUCAUGACGAUCAACAAAAUUUUGAUUGAAAAGCAACUCGUGGCUGCGCUCGUUCCCACCGACGCCGUGGAAGUCGCCGCCCACCACGCUCUCGCUGUCAUUCUCAUGUUCCUUGUCGAGGUCGGCGAAAUCAAUCGCCGAAGCCCCAUGACAGCACUCUUCCUCCAAGUUUUGUGCGACGACUUCCCGGUUUACGUGCUGCCUGCGCUUCACAACCAGUCGCCUCAGGGUUUUUCUUAUCGCUAUCUGAUUCUCUGCGUGCUGAGGUAUUUCCCAACGCGCCUGUUUCCCGCGGGGCUCUCGAUGAUGAAGAAGGCGUUGCUCGAGAACUUGCCUCUUCUCUCUUUCUUCUCCAUUGAUCGGCGCACCCUGCGCAGCUGGGAACGCAUCGGCGCGCGCGUCGUCAGCAGCGACCCCCAGAAACUCGAUGUCCUGCUUCCCUCGCCUCAUGCAGGAGUUUUUGCUUCCAAGGAAAGCGACUUGUCGCACCGCCUGCGGUACCUGAAGCGCCUCGCGUUUCUGCUUCUCUGCAGCAGCAAAGACGUCUUCCAGCCUCAGCUGGCGGUUGUCCUCGAGAAGCUGACAGAGGCGUUGAAACUGAACGCAGCGAACCAGGCUCCAGGGCUGACAGAACAGGUCUUCUUGUGUAUUCGCGUGCUUCUGCUUCGCCUGUCGUCCUCCGCGCUGACGCCUGUGUGGCCUAUAGUGCUGACGGAGUUGAUCAAAGUCUUCUCCUCUGCGACGUCCGCGGCGACUUCGCCUCGAUCUCCGCCUGCGUCCGCGCUGCCCGCGUCCCCGUGUUCUUCUUCCAGCUUCGUCCAGGCGCCCGCGAGCGCGCCGUCGCUCUCGCUGCUUCUCGCCGCGCUGAAAGUCGUCGAUCUCGCGGCGCUUCUUGACCUGCCCGAGUUUCGGCUGUAUCAGUGGAUGUUUGUCGAGGAGCACCUGUUUUCGAAUCAGCUCGGCGCGCCCGCAGACGCGGCUGCAGCUGGAGCGGCCCUUGAGAAAAACGAACAAGAGACAGCGGAAAAAGCAGGCGCGCAGGACGGCGCCGGUGCAGCAGCGUCGGGUGUCUCUUCGCGCGUAGGGGAGAAGAAGAGCGGAGAAAGGGCGGAGGCCGCAGACACGCCGCAGGGCGAGCGCGAGAGCGAGGCGCCGGAAGCAGAGGGCGCGCAGAAGCGCGUCGAACAGACAGAGGAAGGAGGAGAGGACGUGGAUGCGUCAGCAGAAGGCCAGACGCGCGGCGAAGAGCCGGGAGUGGGCACGGAGCUCGAGGGCGCGCAGGCGGUCGAAGCAGAUCAGGCGGCGGCGGACACGAACGAGGUAGACGAGGCUGCGAGCGACAAGGAAGGCGCCGAGCCCGAAGAGCGGGACGACUUGAUGAUGUUCACCCCGUUCAGCGCGCUUCUGGCGCAGUGGGACGGCGGCCGCGCCAUCGCCGCGCAGCCUUCAAGCUCUGUCAGCUCGUCUGCUUCGGUCUGCGGCGCCGAGAGCGCCGCGAAGGGAGCAGCUCGCCAGCCUGAGGAGGCUGCGCACGCCGGAGGCGCGUCCGUGGGAGACAAAGGGCCUCGAGAACGCGAAAAACGGGAGGACGAGGCGCUGCGAUGCGAAGGGGACGGCGUGUCUCUCUCCGAGGAGACGCGCGCGGGUCGCCAGAGACCUGCAGAACAACUGGCGAGGGCCGCGCGCGAGCUCAACACAGCUUCCGUGUCGGGAACGCUGCUGCGCACCGAGCUGGACGAGUCUCUCGUGGAAAGGUCCAUUGAGAACGACUUGUUGGAAGUCUCCGACGACCUGCUCGACCUCUGGGCAGAUAUGGACUGCCCGAGCCUGCUUGCGCACCUGUGGGAGCUCUACAGUUGCGGAUUUGACAUGCUGCUGCCUGCGGCACCCGCUAUGUCUCCUUCGGGGGGCCUGUCCAGCGCGGGCACCCUCUAA